AGCCCGAGGUUUCAUGAUGCAGUGUGGGACAGUCGUCGCUUUACCGGCAAAAGUAGUUUCAGUGUUUGUUUUCGUUCUGUGGGCUUAUGAUGUGCAGAAUACAGAUACUGUCUUGACCAUCCUGAACAAAGAUGUCGUCACUCGAUACCGCCGGCGCUCGUUUUAGCAUUUGUUGGCUAUUUUUUCGCUUUGCCAGCCACGUGUAGGAAGUCCUGGUUGCGCUGCAGAGUUCAACGACAUGGCACAUCCACUCACCCUCGAUUCAGUCUGGCUCGACAAGGCAAAGUAUGACGAUGCCGAGAAGCAGUACCUGUGCUACUUGAACAGGGAUCAGCUUGCCAAGGCUAAGGCGUCUUCCCAAAGCUCCCAAAGUUCCUCUCUAGUCGAUAAGAUAGCCCAGGCUCGGCAACAAAUUAAAAACUCUCUCCAGUCAGGUGAUGCACUUGUCAAGUCUGGCAGUUCCUCUCAUGAUGAUGCCUUCCAGAGGAAGAUUCUGCAGGAGCACAACGAAAUGAAAAACGCACUGCAAGAACUCCUAGCUGCAUUGCGCAAGAUGGAGACACGCAUCGCUGAACUUGAGCAGCGUUGUCCGGCUACAGGCAGUGUACCAACAGCCAAGGUAGUGGCACCUCAGGCCAAGGUUGCAAACCAUGUCCCUGCCAAAAAGGAGGUGGCAGAUGAUGACGACAUCGAUCUUUUUGGUUCAGAAGAUGAUGAGGAAGCAGACAAGGCAAAAGAAGAACGCGUGAAGGCUUACCAGGAAAAGAAGUCCAAAAAGCCUCAGGUGGUUGCUAAGUCUAACAUUGUGCUAGACGUGAAGCCCUGGGAUGAUGAGACGGAUAUGAAGGCCAUGGAGGAGAAUGUCCGACGCAUUGAGAUGGAUGGACUGCUCUGGGGAGCUUCCAAACUUGUGCCCCUGGCUUAUGGAAUCAAGAAGCUACAAAUUGUGUGCGUUGUAGAGGAUGACAAGGUCAGCAUUGAUGAGCUCCAGGAGAAGAUUGAAGGCAUCGAAGACUUGGUACAAAGUGUGGACAUUGCUGCAUUCAACAAGAUCUAAGUCCGACACCGGAAUGACUUAAUAAAUUGUGUCCCUUUUUGCACAACA